AUGGUCGACGUGGCUCUUGAUUCCCUUAAGGUCUUAACUUUUCUUUUCACGGACUUUAACGCUAAAGUUUUGGGUUUUGCCCACCGAGCGUCUGGUUUUCUGACUGCUAUCAACGCUAUAUGUUCAUGGGUGGGGCAGGCGCUGCCGUUGAACAAGUUCCCGCAUUAUCUGACAUCGGAUGCGGGCGUUAGAACAGAAUUUUCGGCCCGAUUGCGCCCACUGCAAGAGGAUCUCCUAUCGCAGGGGUCACAUCUAGUUCACGCGUGUAUUCACCUCUCCAAUGCCUGCCUCGCCCUCAUGGGCUGUUCGCCCCUCUGCGUGGACCUAACCUCGGAUGUAGAUCCCAGCCUACCGUCGGAUGCCGGAGCCUCCUCGUUUGAAGUUCUCGGAAAAUCAAUCGUGACCUUCGCCUCAAAAGCCAAUCCCAAGUCAGUUCAGAUGGACAACUCUGCAACCCCAGACAGACGGAACGAAAAGGCACUAACCGCCAUUGAACUACUCCCCGAGUAUCAGCACAUUCUGUCCUGGGCGUGGAAAACCCUCAAGCUAACAUCGGACGUACUUGUUACCUGGCUCUACCUUCGUGUUUGUGCCUUCUUGGCCUCUGCUGUCGACGACGACGACGCGUCCUCUGAUCCCACCACCACAACUAUGGACGCUGAAACUCACCGCAUUCUCCGUCUUAUUGGAAACCAACUAAUUCACAUUCUGAUUGUCUGCCGGCAUAAGGGCACUGUGGAAGCAGUCUACCAAAGCCUGCAGCAAUACCUCACGGUGACGGCUAGACUAGACUGCUUCCUGCAGUCCUGCGCCAGCAACCAGAAACUCCGCGUACUGACUGUGGCUCGCGCCCUUUUGACGAAUCUCAUCAGGCCCGAAGAAGUGAUUGAUGUCUGUCUGGCUGCGUUGUCCGACUGCAAGUUCUCGGUGACACGUCGUGCUGCUGGCCUAUGGCCAGCCUCUAAAGCUGCCCUCCUAGCAGAACUCGCUGCAUCACCUGCCCAACAGGUUAGUUUCGCCACGAUCAUUGCGAUGCGUUUGGUUGGCUCAACCUACAGCCGACCACCGCCGAGCGUAUUGGAAGUUUUUGGACGCUACCCAACCCUCUUUGACACCUUUGUGGCGGCUCUCAAAGAAGUGAGCUCCAAAACCUCAGCUUCCUGCCUUUCCUCCACAGCGAAGCUUUUGGUGCCUCUCCUGGGUCUUCUCUCUCGUCUUUCAUCUUCACCCCCGUCCAUGUUUCCGUAA